AUGGUAGUAGUCAGGUACCGUAUGCGGCGUUCCAAGGAGGAUGCCCUACCUUUAGCCCAAGAUUCAGGGACAUUUGGAUGGUAUGGUGAUAGUGGUGUAAAGGAGAAGACUAAUAUAGUCAAAAAAACGGAGAAAAGGUCUAGGAACGGGUGUUUAACAUGUCGUGCACGUAGAAAGAAAUGUGAUGAGACGAAACCCAAGUGCAUAGGAUGCCAGCGUAAUUUGUUAUUGUGUAGGUGGUCCGACAAAGAAGGAGGGUCAACUGAAACCUCACCUAAUGGUGAUGAAGUGGGGAUUAAGGCUAACGAUGGUUUUUUGAACUGCACACUGGAGAGUUGGGAAGGGGAAUAUGAUGUUGGGGAUUAUUACAAAUUUAUUUCGAUUCCAAGUGGACAAGUGAAGUUUGAAUACACAGUAGCUUUAGAUAAAACUGGAUGCAUUUGGAGAAUACAUUCAGACAACGGUAGACAACGGUUGCAAAAAUUUCCGACCUAUGGACAGUUGGGUAAAAGUAGUAUAACCACUUUUUCACAUCCUCUAAAAAUAGUCAAGGUUCAAUCAGGUCCUAGACGGGUAAAAACGAUAAAACCGUUUGCGUCCAGCACUUCGUCAACCGCGCCUGUUUCAGCUUCAGACGUUUUUUCAAUUGAUAGUAAUGAAACUACUUUCCAAAAGGAUGGUGGACUAUUUGAUAUCAAACCUCUUUUCGAUUUGCAGCUUGAACCAUACCAUUUUGAACGGGACCUGCAGUCUUUCGGUAGCUUCCUGUAUUCUUCAACGCCUUUUAGCACCGUUCAUUCCAAUUACAGUUAUUUGUUAUACGAUAGUAAUGCCAGCGCUACAUACUAUAAGCAAGCGCUAGAAAAUUCAAAACAUGGUGAUCUAUCACAGUUGAAAAACCUUAAAGAUGAAGAUGCCUUCCUUUUCUAUGUAUGUCUGAAGGAAUAUAUCCCUCUAUUGGGUCCGCAAGAUACGUCACAUCCAAUGCUGACAACUAGUUCCACCUUCGUCCCUCAGGUGGAAAAUAAUCCCGUAAUGAAAGAGUUGUUCUUGUGUUGUGCUGCGUCUUAUCUCGAAUAUUAUUCUGAAGAAUUGUUUGCUCCAUUGAGUGAGCAACUAUAUGAAAACUCAGUUCUGCUUCUCUCUAACUUUUUGCGAAACCAUUCAGUCACUGGUAAUGAAGUAUGGUUGCUUGCAACCUUUCAAUUGAUGUGUCUACGAAACAAGCUUCCAUUGAGAAAAACGGUAGAUGAUUGUGUCCGGUGCUUGGCCAAGUCGUAUGUUAUCAUAAGAAACUGCUAUUCCAUGCAGAACUCGGGUAAUGUCGUUGAACAAUUGAAUGCUACAUCCCAGUAUUCAGUAUUUAACUCUCAAUUCAAUGAAAGUGCCAACAACAGUCGUACUUGGGAAAUGUUGCAUAUGGAAUUGGAAGAUAAUACUUCAGAAAUCCCUGUAUUACGUCAAGACUCAAUGGUUCUAUUACCUCAAGAAAGAACGUUCUUAGAAAGCUUUAUUUAUAAUUAUAGUGUUGCAAUUAUGUUUGCAACUGAUAUUUCCCAACUUCCUAGCCCAUUUCGUGUUUUCAAAGAAUUAAAUCUCCUUCUAAAAUGCCCGAUCUAUGAAUGCCCAUCAGACUGGGUGAAAAGCCCAGUAUUAGGCUCUACUUUGGAAGCUUUUGAAAUUUUGGCAAAAGUCUCAUACAUUUCACGGUUCCCAAUGCCCGUAACUACCUCUACUAUAUUAGAAAAGUGCAGAGAGUUGGAACUGAUGGCAAAGUAUUACUCGAACUCCGUAAUAGAGCUUCAAAGUGCGGAAUUACUAACUUAUCAAAAUGCUACUUUAUCGUUUCUAUGUGGCCUUGUGGUGGCUAGAACAAGUUAUUUAUUGGUUAUAACAAUCAUUGAGUAUGAAACUCUCCAUGUAUACUCACCCAAGGUUCAAAAGGUAGUUCGUGAAAUCAUGGCAUAUCUGGAGGGAAUUCCUUUAGACAAUAAUAUUUGGGCUAUUCUGCCAUGGCCCUUGAUGGUUUGCGGGUUUUUUUGCUGUGAACCAGACGACCAAAGCAGAAUACGGUUCUAUCUCAACCUUUUAGGUAAACUUUUCAAUUUAGGCAAAGGUCAGAGUAUGAGCGCACAUUUGGACAAAGUCUGGAGACUACCUAUGGAUAAAUGGUUAGAGCAGUUAUUCAACAGGACAGAACUUUGCAAAGUAUGCAUAUGA